AGGCUCUGUGAGUGGGACGAAGUGCAGCGUUGGUGGGAAAUGACUGUAGGGAGGCUGUUAUCUGGGGGAUGAAAUUACAUAUUGCCACCAUGAAUUGCGUUUUGUUUUUAUUAAGGUCUCAUUUUUGUUUUCUUUGAACUUGCACCGAGCAGCUCCGAUGGGAAAUUGUUGAAAUUACAGGAUUUUCAAAGCAUUUUAAAACAGUUUAUUUGCGUCGGCGCAGUGCCAGAGACACACCGAUAACCGUUAUUUUUUUUCCGCCACCAAAAUGCCUCGGGACAACAAAACUCCUCUUAUCCAGAAAAUUGCAAAGAAAGCCUGUAUCACCUUUCAAGGCUUUAAAUCUUCUGCCAACGGGGAUGAAAACCUCGUAGCGGAUAAACAUAGUGAAUUAAUCUCCUUAGUGACUGAGGUCAGGGCUGCCGACCUGAAAAUUGCUCCCCGGAAAACCAAACCGAUCUCCGCAGCGGCAGGACUCCAAAGCCCCCCGGUCACCUACAUGCACAUCUGCGAGACGGAGGUGUUCAGCAUGGGGGUGUUCCUGCUCAGGGCCGGCGCCUCCAUACCGCUGCACGACCACCCGGGGAUGAACGGGAUGCUGAAGGUUCUCUAUGGAAAGGUGAGCGUCCGCUGUUAUGACAAGUUGGAGGACAACCUGACCGUCAGCACAGUCCCACCUCGUUUUGAGCCUCCUUUGGCUCCGUUCCAAACGGCCUCCCUGCGACGCUCUGUCCUCCGCUCCGUUGCCGAGUACUCAGAGAGCAGCGGGCCGUGCCUGCUCACUCCUGUACGGGAUAACCUCCACCAGAUCGAUGCAGUGGGUGGGCCGGCUGCAUUCCUGGAUAUCCUCGCACCUCCAUACAAUCCAGAUGAUGGGCGGGACUGUCACUAUUACAAAGUCCUGCAAACUGUGGCAGAGAAGGAAACUGACGGAAAGAGCAAUGAAGAGCAGCAGGGAGAGGAAAAGGAGAAAGAAGAGGAGACAUGGCUGCUGGAAAUCCCUCAGCCAGAGGACUUCUGGUGUGGCGGGGAACCCUACCCGGGCCCUGUAGUCUCUGUCUGAAUGUGACCUCCCAUCAGAGGAACCACACUGCAAUACAUGGCAGUGAUAAUAUAGUCAUAUCCAUCCAUCCACAAGGAGGACAAAUAUGAGGGUCAUUAUUACCUGGAAGUCAACGAGAUUGAGUCCCUUGCUUAAAGAUGCUACAGCAGGGUAGAAGCUUGUAGAAACAGGAGCCUGAACUUUGACACCCGACACAGAAUCAGGACCACUGAACUUACUUCCACAAACAAGUAACCAGUAACCUGGUCAGCACUGGGAAAAGGGUUCAUCAGAGGAAUUCACAUUCCAGAUAUUUUUCUUCAGAUGAUUAUGUUGCCUUGCACACACAUGAAUGUCAUCAGCCAAACAUUCUGUGAAUGGUGGGGUGUCAUUAGGAACCCUGAUGUGUGUUCUGUGUACACUUUAUUUUUUCACUCUGAUGCAGAGGACUUCCACAUUCAUUGUGACUUGUUCCUUAAUGCCGAAGCCUGUAACUCAAGUUGUACCUGCCUUAUUGGGGAAUGUUGAAUGUAUACUUAUUAAGAGUGCCAUUUCUGUUGUACAUGUUCAUUUCUUCCUCCAAAGUGCACACACUACAUUAUCUAUAUUUCAUUUUUGUUUCAUGUGUUUAACUUUUUCCAGAUGGUUCCUGAUAUGCUGUAACUCAACCCAGAGUCAUGUGCAUAUAUGAUGCAUAAUAUUAAAGACUGAACUAAGUCUUUAAACCCAGUCCAGUAAGUAUAAUCCAUGAAAAGUAUUUUAAAGUUAGGGAUGCACAAUGUACAUUGGGCCGAAAAAUUUCUAAAAUUCGCUGCUUUCACUGACUCAACCAGUGCAGCAUCUACACACUUCAGUGCAGUAGCUGGAGCUGUGCAACGUUCAAAUCCACCAAUUAACACAGAGAAGAAGCGCAGCAUGCCUUUGACACACCCGUGAUGUCAAACUGCUGCGUCUGGGUGGAGCCACAUGGACCAGAGAGCCAAACAUGUUGUCGCCAACAACAGAUUCUCCAGAUUCAGAGGAAGAUUACAUGCUUGCAAUCUGCAUUUUACACAAGGGUUCAGGGUUCAUCUGUAAUCUUUUCUUUUUUCAGUCAGGCAUGCAUAAACUACAGGUUGGGAACUUAAAAAUACAAAAAAGUGAAAUUAUUGGUAAAGUUAUUGGUAUCUGCGGUGAGAAGCAGCCGAUUAUGGGUUUCUUGGUUAAUCCAUAUUGUGCAUCCCUGUUUAAAAUGGAAGCUGUGUUAGAGAAGCUCAGCAUUUUUAUACUUUAAAAACCAACACAGUUAAACUUUCUUCACUACUACUUUCUUUACAUGUAGCUUAAUAAACACUAUAUCAUUCCAGUCCUUAUGUUACAUUACUUAAGCUUAUAUCUUUAUCUUCCUUUGGCCUAUAUUAGACUUAAUACAGGUCUAUGUGCCAGUUUGACAAUGAUUCUUUCACUCUGAUGAUGAAUGUAUGUGUAUCAAUAAAAUUGAUGGUAAUAAUU